CGCCACCUGCACAGGGACCGAACCGGGCAGAAACGAGUCAAGGAGAGGAUUGCCAACUGGGGGGGCGGGAGGUGAUCGAGGCGGAACGGGCUGCCCCCCCCCACCACUGCUGCUGCCUCCGCCGCUGCUGCUUGCGAGCGGAUUACGAGUGACUGGACGGGCGCGGACGGGGGCGGCACGGGCAGGCGAGCCCGAGGUCCCGGCAUGAGAGCGAGGGCCGGCUGACGGAGGCCCUUGGCGCCAGGGGCCGGGCGAGGGAGCGGGCUGCUGGGGUCGCGGGCCUUCGGGUACCCGCUGGUCCCCGCUGGUCCCCGCGUGGCCGCGGCCAUGGGGGGAGCGUCUUCGUCUCCCGAGAGCGUGCGGGAGGUGCUGUCUCUGCUCGCCCACAAUCCGCUCGUCGCCUUCACCGAGAUGUGGUACUGGGUCUUCCUGUGGGCACUCUUCUCCUCCAUCUUCGUCCACGGUUCCACGGCGCUCCUCGCCUUCGUGUCACUGCGGCGCCACCGCAAGGCACGGUUCUUCUCGGUGGCCAUCGCCGUCAUGGGCGUGCUGGCUCCCAUCACCGGCGGCAUCAUUACCAGUGCCGCGGUAGCCGGCGUUUACCGCGCCGCCGGCAAGACGAUGCUUCCGCUGGAGGCGUUGGUAUUUGGCUCGGGGCAGACGGUCAUCACCGUCAUCAUAUCCGCCGCGCGCCUCCUCGCCAGCCUCUGAUCGCCGGCCUAGGAUCCUCCCACGUCGUUCUCCUAGAGCCAGACCGAGAUGGAGGCAGCAGCGGAGCGGCCGGUUCGACGCCAGGAUGAACCGACGGACGGACGGACACCGCGUGCGCACGUUUGCUGGCGCUCGUUCCGCCGACGUGGAAUUGAGCUGGCUGGGAGCGGAGUUCCAGACGGCGCGGAUGAAAGCCAAAGUUCGCUCUGCUGGGAUUUGAGGCCCGUCUGCGAGGGGCUGCGAACUCUCCGUUAUGUUGGCGAAAGCGAUUUAUUACCGCCGCGGGUCAUUCCUGGCGGUGAUGCGCUUUGCAGUUUAAAAAAUGGAAACAAUUGCGAACGGCGUCGACCGCGUGGAGGCGCUGCCAACGACGUUUUGCCCGUCUCGUGAUGCAACUGGCCUGGCCUUCCAGCGCGUACGUGCAUGGUGUGUGCGAGUGCAUGAUUCGUGUGUUUUGCGUACGCGCGAGUGUUACACGCGUGUGUGCACUCGCGUGUGCACAAGCGGUGGAUGUGACGCCGGCAGAUUUCGCGCAUGUGUGCCGUGUGCAUGAUUUGUGUGCGCGCGUGUGCACGUGGGUGUGUGAGUGUGCGUGUAAGUGGCGUGGUACUGUAUGCGGUGUUUGUGGGUGCCCGAGUGUGCAGCUUCAUGUCCUGGUUGUGCAGCAUCGUGUUCCGGUAACGUCUCCCCCUGUGGUCGGCAAACCCUGCACAGCGAGCCCUUGACCACAGUGGAGAAAGACCGUCGGGCAUGUGAUAUUGCAUCGAUUCGUCGAUUAAACGAUCGAUUCUGAUGCGAAUACAUGCAAAGCAAUACGUGUAAAACAGCAUAGUUUACAACCUGGCGCAUAUUACGUGCAAAUCACGUGCCCGUAUUAACAUUUGAGGCUAGCGGAGCGAACAAAGCUGUACAAAUCAAACGGAACGAGCUAGGAACAAUAGAGGCGAGACGUUAAAACGGAGGCCAAAAGAAUUGCAUCCAAUCGCAAUCCUGAAACAUGACAAUUCAUCGAAUCGCUCGGUAGGUGAAUCGCCACGUGCCUUGGAGUGACGCAGCGAGACACACGCAGAGUUUAUCAAGCGUUUAUAAAUUACACAGUACCUCGGGGACCAGGGUUCUUCAACUUUCAUUACCAGCGGGCCGCAUAACAACAUUGUCAUGUCAUGGGGUGCCCCGUGCCGUCACACCUCAAGUACUGUAUAAAUGUUAUGGCGUCACACUUGUCAGUGUGACGUCAUAACACUUGGCAGUGUGACGUCAUUAAAGUCUGUACGUACGACCGCUAAUCUGUAUUUCUUGUCUCCAGGUCUCUUCUCUUAUUUAUCUCACUUUAACCUCAGAAAUGUUUACCUCUCAUCUUCAGGUCUCUCAUCUCUCUGCCGUCUACAACUUGGCUCCAUGCCUUGUUUAUUUCCCUCUCGUUUCGAUAAUCAGCUGGCCAUAGCUUGGCGCCACUCUUGAGAGCUUUUUCCUGGCCACAUUGUGCCCUGUGGACAGAGCCGGCCCUAGACCUUUGGGGGCCCUAAGCAAAAUUUGGUUGAAGGCCCCUUUGAUGUAUGAUUUUUUUCACCCACUAGCUAGCAGUGACUCUAGGGGGCCCUUUGCUGGCCACGGGACCCUUUGCAAUUGCAAGGGUCUCUUAGUGGCUGGGCCGGCUCUGCCUGUGGAGGCCACCAGUUGAAGAACCCUGAUGUAGAGCGAGCGCUGGGUUUCCCCACCAACCCUUCCAGCGCUUCCCACAGGUGUCUGCGCGGCACUCGGGACGCCGAUUCCUUCCCACGGUACGAUAUAGCACCGACCCAGCCGAUUGACGCUCGUCGCCUUCGCACUAUGAGAAGGUUUCGGUCGCCGCUGCUCACCAGCCGGCCGCUAGCCCAUGACAAGAAUGGUGGGUCUCGUGAGCACGAGAUGCAAAGGUGGCUUCUCGCAGCAGUAGAAACCUCCGAUUACUGUGGGUCGCUCUGGCUUAGUGAGUUCCCCCCCCCCCCGCCCUGGCACCUCCCUGAGUGAAUUAGAGUUGGGUUGAGCCAUUUCUGCUGUGUAAGUUCACCAAAUCAAAUUUGUAUAUGAAAUAUUACGUAAUAUACAUGCCCCAUCAGCAAUCAUUUUUUUGCGCUGUCCUCAAAAUAUUCCAAGGUCGCCUCCCAGAUUUUAAUGACAAUCCAAACACUCCCAGAAUUCCGUGUUUACCAAUUUCCAGUCGUCACUGAAUGGAAGUGCUAAUGGGCAGAAUUGGUGAACGUCGCAACCCAGGUUGUGGAGUCAUGACAGCAGUAUUUAAAUUUCUGCGAUCGCCACGGACCCUUGGCCAUCUGACCCCCUCCUCCGCCCCUCUUGUCACCUCGGACUAAAACUAAACUAUUUUUAUUUUAACAGGCAAGGCCCACUGAGCGACAUAGCUCUUUUUCAGAAGGCUAUCACAAAUGAUAGCUCAGCCAAGUGGCUUAUCGCUUGGACGUUGAUCGCAGCCAAAUACUCUGAACGCAAGUUGAUUCUAAAUGUGAAGGGGAAAACCGGAGUGCCCGGAGAAAAAUCCACGCGGCCACGGGGAGAGCAUGCGAACUCUAAUUAUACAGGUGCUAGGGUUGAGAUCAAACCCACGACCUCCUGUAUACCAGGCGAGGCAGAUAACAUCUCGCCACCAGGGCCACCAACUUGCGCCCUUCCCCCCGGUGCUUGGCAACCACCAGUCCGUCGGCCCUGGUCUCGGUUCAACUCGGUUCUCUGGGCCCGCAUCGGAUCCCCUCGUGCGGUUAUUGAAAUGGCAAUGUCACACCGUGAAAUAGGGAGGGAAGGAAAAAAAAGAGGAGGGAAAAUUAAGGCCAUAAAUAGUAAGGGCCGAUGCGGUUGCCAAGGGAGAGUGUGGAUGUUUUGGCAGAUGUUGUUUGAGAGUUAAUUUACUGUGAGAUGGAUAGCAAGUGUGUAUGUGUGACAUAUAUGCGCGGCAAAUGUUGUCCCGUGGCAUUUUAGCUCGGGGGGGGGGGGGGGGUUCUCGUUCUCGGGUUCCACGGGCACGUGUGAGUGUGUCUCUGUAUGAACCUGGCGACCUGAGUUUCAUUCCCAGCAAGUGGUGACUGAUCUGGUCCUGGACCACCCCUAGAUUGACUCAACCUUCAAUGAGUACCCAGUGCCGUGGGCAACAGCAUUGAGGAGGCAAAGGUGGCCAGGAGUGGUGCUGUUCCACACGCCAUUCCUUUUAGGUGUCAUUCUGGCCUUAAUAAAUAUUAUCUAAUAGCACUUGCCACACUAAUAUGUAUGGCUACAAGGGGGUUCUUUGUCAUUGUGUGUGUGUAUAUGGGGUGUGGUCAUAAUUAUUAAUGCUACAGUGUAAUAAAUAUUGUUUAUACAGAUGCUGAUGUUAGGCUAACUUCCAAGGCCAUGUGUACUACUUGGUGAAUACGAUCAUUGGUAUGUUGGUGACUUAAUUUAAUAUAUGAUAUGUGUGGUGAGAGGUAGGACUUUUUGACUACCCCUCCUAUGAGUGUGUGUGUGUUUAUACACACAAUUACAAAGACCUCCGCAUAGCCUACAUCAAUUGUUAAGGCAAGUGCUGUUAGCUUCCGUCUCUUAAGCCUGGUGUGGUGCACGAGCGGGCGGGGAGUUUGCUGCAUAAAUAAGUAAAUAAAACCCACGAGUAAGAAUAUAUUUUAUUAUUGUUUCAUGCGCCGCUCGUCAGAAUAUAAAGUUUGAGAUCAUGACAGGUCAACGCCACCAUCCGUUGCCAUGGCUUGCUUCUCUAUGCUAGAUCCGUGCACUGUUGUCAGGUCGGCAUGCGUCCUCCAAGAACCAUUCUUGCAGUGUCGCACCAUCUAUCUGGCUUUGAGUGUUCCCGUUUCGUCUCUGAACUCUGGGUAACCACUGCUUAAGCAACCUGGCCUCCUCCAUCCUACACGUGUCCCACCCACCAGUAUUUCUACUCCAUAAUGGCAUCUACAACUGUUUCUUUCAAUGCGUGGUCAUUGGACGUGUUAAAUUGUCGUUUUUUAACAAUUAUCUGCUCUGAUAUCCAACCCCACCCCCUGUCCCUUUUCCAAAAACGUCACGCAGACACUUGUCGCGUAGGUGUUCAAGGUCGUGGCGCACAGCUCUGCGGUGCGUGUUCGGGUUGUACUGCCACCUGUUGUUCGGGACGAUGUCCGACGUUUCGCUCCACGAGCUUCUUCAAUUCUGAUACUAACAUUUUGCUCUGGGUAGCCAUAAGUUUCGGGAAACUGAAACUACUAAAGCUCCCAGCACUUUGAGCGAGGUGUCGUGGUGUCGUGCCAAACAACGUGCGUGUACGCACGCGCACUAGCUGGACCCCGAGCACCUCUUCAAAGCUGGUAACCCACAUAGCUGGGCCUUCGCAGGAGCAAUCGACGGGAUAAAGCGUUUUCUGAACCCCCCGGGGGCCCGACUGGUUUUAUAUGUACAUAGACACACGGUGGAUACUUAUUAUUAUACACUAUUCUUGUACAUACUGUAUUUAUUCCGAAAUAUUUUAUUUUUUUAAGGGUUUGUGUUUCUACAGUGUGUACGAGCGUCGCAAAUGGGGGUUUGUGUUGGAUGCCGGUUUUAAAUGUGAUGUGUUCAUGGUGCCCACUUUCGCACGCAAAAAAACACAACCCGCAGUGUUCGCCUGCCUGAGUUGGAUUUGUGACCCUGGAUGUACAUAAUACACUGUUACACGUGUACGA